CGCAAAAUAAAGUCGCAUCGCAAUCGAGAAGUCAAUCAUGUCUCGUACAGUUCUCGUUCUUCUAGUCGUUGGCGUGGUGCUGGCAAUCGUUCCGGAUGCAAUAAUGCAAAAGAGUGAUUUACUGCCACCGAUAAUAUGUAAAAAAAAUGAAGAAUGGGUAGAAUGUGCGACAGCGUGUCCCCCAACUUGCGAACAAAGAGAACCAGGGAUUUGUAUAGCAAUGUGCAGCCCGGGUUGCCAGUGUAAACCUGGAUUCCUGAGAAACCGUCACAAUGAAUGCGUUCGUCCUUGCGAUUGCGACUAAUAAUUAGGAUCAACUUAGAAUCGAAAUGUAACUCUGGGCAACUUUAUUGAGGAGUAUUUAUUAUUGAGGAGUUAUUCCUUAAAUCAUUCUUUAAGCACUUCUACUAUUUGGUAUCGAAGUGUUUUUUUAUGUUUUUACAUAUAUAGUAUAUAUUAUAAAUUUGUAGUGUAUGUGAUGUACAAUAAAAAGUAUCGCAAGAU